UUUUAUUUACGUCGAGCCUUAUUUGCUCCUUUUCAAGUUCUAACUUGAACACCUUUGACAUCAUAUUCAUUACUGUCUCCAAGACAUCAUGUUAACAAUACAAAAGUCAUCUUUGUGGACAAAUCGAAAAUGCCUCCUCAUCUGUUCCGCUGUGGCCAUCGCAAGUAUGCAGUAUGGAAUUGAUACAGCUGCUGUUGGGGGGUUGCAGGCAAUGCCUGGCUUUUUGAUGGUGUUUGGUUACGAAGACUCUACGAGCCCAUUCGGCUAUGGAAUUGACUCGACAGUACAACAACUCAUGACCUCGUUGAUGAAUCUUGGAGCUGCCGUAUCCGCCAUUGGAGUGGGUCUGUGGGGAGGAUACUUCGGUCGCAAACCAGCUCUCUGGCUUGCAUGCGUUGUUUGUGCAGCAGGUGUUGCUAUACAAAUAGCGGGUACCACACGGUCGACUCUCUACGCCGGAAGAUUCCUCCUUGGUCUUGCGAACGGCUUCUUUGUAGUCUCUUCGACUGUAUAUUGCAGUGAAGCAGCGCCGGCCCACUUGCGAGAGGUUAUGGUUGGUCUUUUUGCGUACUAUGUUAAUCUAGGCAGCAUCAUAGGCUCCCUGAUCGACAACUAUACGAAACACCAUCUAAGCAAACUCAGCUACAGGAUUCCACUCGGAUGUAUGUUCAUCGUACCCACCGUGCUGUCUAUUGCACUAUUCUUUGUGCCAGAGAGCCCACGGUGGCUACUUCAUCAAGGAAAGCGAGACGCGGCUCGUAGUUCUCUAGAAGCACUACGUAUUGACCACGGUGAAGAACUCGAGCUCGAGUGGGCAGAGAUGGUCCGUGGAAUAGAGGAGGAAAAGAGAGUGGCACAGAGCACACCCUUUAUGGAUAUGUACAGGGGCCACGAUCUCCGCCGAACACUUCUCUGCUACGGUAUGAUUGCCGCGCAGUCCGCUUCCGGUGUCUGGUUCUUCAUCGCGUACCAAACAUACUUCCUCCAGAUUGCCGGUAUAACAAAAGCCUUCGAAUACACGAUCAUGAAUGCCUGCAUCGGCUGGCUCGGCCUAGCUUGUGGGAUUGCGGCGAGCAUGCCGGCAUCUAAGGUAACAGGAAAUGUGCUAGUCGCAUUCACUGCCCUUUUUUUCUUUGUUUAUGACGCUGCUGUCGGAGUCGCGAGUAUGCCGAUGGCAACAGAGCUUGUAAGUUCGAGACUUCGUGCAUGGACUGUGGGCACCGCAAACGCACUGGGGUACUUUCUGGCCUGGCUGGGCGCCAAGUACACAUACAUCUGGGCAGCUUCCAACUUCCUAUGCGUCAUCUGGUUUUACUUCUUUGUGCCGGAGACCAAGGCGCGCUCACUUGAGGAACUUGAUGAGAUCUUCGAGGCUGGCAUUUCUGCGCGGAGAUUCCAGCAGUAUGAGUGCAGAAUCGUGGAGGACGCGAGAAACGACGUCUUUGGUGGUGAGACACAAGUUACCAAGCGGGAUGCCUAA